AUGUUCCGGCCCAUUCCUAUCCUCGAGGCCGACAACGAGGAAUGGCAAGACAACCAGAUUCAUAAUCAUUAUAAAGUGCCCAUGCAAGCUGUGCGAGCCAAGCCUCGAGUUCUGAUGCACUGCGAUGUGUGCCGCGAUACCACCUCGGGUCUAAAGACAUCAGUCAGUAUCGAUAAGUGGAUUAACGCCGAUUAUUUCAUUUGGGAGAUGGCAGCAGGUCUAGCUGACAGCGGCACUAAUCCAAAGUGGACUCAGUUCUUCGAUGAGAACUACAAGGAAACGUGGACGCAAGUCCAGCACGAGUUCGAGGGCAUCGCCGACCUCCCCGAGAGAUUCCUCCACAAGGUCCAGCCCCCGCCCUUCCAGGUUGCGGAAUUGAGAAUCCAAUCUGACCGAGCCUCCCGGUAUUGGCGGCUUCGUGCAAACACAGAUCAAGAUAUGGUCAACAGUGCCUUCUGGGAUCUUUGGAGUUCCAUCCUUAAGUGUGAUGUCCCCACAGUUGGUCCCUUUGCCGUUGUUCUCAAAGCACCCUUGCGUACCCCUGCUGGCGAGGAUCCUAUCGAUCCUUGGAACAUGUCUCCAUCAAGCGAUCGCCAGGAGUGUGGUUGUCAUUCGGAUAUUUCGAAUUUUAUGGAGCCUCACACAUUCGAUGAUACCGCUCCGUUGGAUUCCUUGCGCCUCCCGGCCGAAGCAUAUGGAGGUUUUUGUUCCUCAACUAACCUUGGCCCAUCAGAGUCUCUCGCAGCCCCUAAGGGACUAGUACAAUGUCUGCAAGAUUGUCUAUUUCGAAGAGGGUGA